CGAUUUUAACCACCACUUUUACUAAUAUUGUGGUUCGAAUGUACUUAGUAAAUAAACAAACACCCGGCUACCGUGUUUUUUCAUUGUUUUAAAGUUUUUAUUUUAUUCCAUUUACCUAUUUGAAAUAGGACUACAUGAUGGAUAUGGAUGAUGAAUUCGACGAUUUAUUGGCUGAAGUAAAUAUUCCAACGUCUCCGAAGAGACCUAAGGUAGAAGAACAAGUUAUUGUUAGUCAACCCGGAAGCUCGAAAGAGGGCACAUCAAAACCUAACACCUCUAAAACUCAUUGUGUAUUAGUCAAUCAAAAGCAGAGAGGCAAUCCACUGUUGAAGUUCAUAACAUGUGUCCCAUGGGAGUACGAUGAGAUCAUCCCGGACUAUGAGAUAGGUCGAGCAAUAUGUGUGCUGUUCAUAUCACUGCGGUACCACAACAUGAACCCGGAUUAUAUCAAUAACCGGUUGAAGGAACUCGGUAAAAAGUAUGACUUGAGAGUGCUGUUGGUUCAGGUUGACAUGAAAGAUCCUCAUACACCGUUAAAAAACUUAACAAGAAUUUGCCUCCUAGCUGACCUGACAUUGAUGUUGGCAUGGAACCCCGAGGAGGCGGCCAAGAUUAUAGAAAACUAUAAAAUUUAUGAAAACAAACCACCAGACAGAAUCAUGGAGAAAAUUGAAAAUGAUCCUCAUCAGAAAAUAGUCAAUGCACUAAGUUCAGUGAAACCAGUGAACAAAACCGAUGCAAUGACUCUGAUCACCACAUUUGGCACUUUAGAGAACAUUAUAAAAGCCACUGAACACAGGCUAGCUGAGUGUCCAGGCUUUGGUGCUACUAAAGCCAAGAAACUGUAUAAAGUCCUCCAUGAACCUUUUCUCAAAAGUGGCAUAAGACAAGAGAAGAAAGAUGAAUUUGAAGGAGAUUUAAGUAUAGAAGACCUGGAGCAAGCUGAAAAUGAUUUAAAAGGUGAAGAGGAAAGUGAAACAAAAGAUAAACCGGCUGAAAGUGAUGGGAAAAAUGUGCAAGCUUCAGAUGAAAUACAGAGUGAUCAGGAAGCUGUAAUGAAUGUUGCGGAAAAUGAAGUGAGCUAACAAAUCUUCGUGUAAAUAGUUGAGAUUUAUUUAAAUACAAGAUCAAGAUUAAGGUAAAAGGUUUUUGAUUAUUUUAAUUUUAGAUUUUCAUUAUUUAUCAUGCUUAUACAUUUUUGUCUAAAGUCUAAUAGUAAGUAAGUACCUCUUUACCCGCUGGUGACAUGAUGUCCUGCCUG